CGGGAGGACCAGCCACUCGGAGGACCACCUGGAGACUGGUUGCAGAGGCAAUGGCAGGCAGCAGGUCCUGGGCUGAGGGAGUCCUGCAGCUCCUGAGCAGGAUGAACUCCUUUCAUAUGCAGGGCUCCUCGAAGGCUCUCUGUAAACCGUUCUGUGUUGCGGGUCAUGAGGUGGGUGUGGUGCAACCCAGGCUAUUCCCACUCCUGAGCAGGUACCCUGAGGUUUUCCGGGUGACUGAUGAUGCCCAGGGACGAGUGGAGCUCUGCAGCCACCUAAACACCUACCAGCAGCGCUCGGGUGCGCUUGAAGGGAUCCUCGAGGAUUGGAGGGAGGAGAAGCUGUUCGACUGCCUGGGGAAGUGGAGGAACGAGAAAUAUGAAGUGAUGUCGAGGUUCUCAGACCCUCCUCUGCUGAAGGUGGAGAGAUCAGCGAUCGGUUUGUUUGGGGUGAAAAGCUACGGGGUCCACGUCAAUGGGUUUGUGCGUCACGGCCACGGGGAGAUGUCCAUGUGGAUCGGGAGGAGGACGCUCGACAAGGAGACCUUCCCUGGGAGGCUGGAUAAUCUGGUUGCUGGAGGGCUCUCUGCCGGGCUCGGAGUGAAGGAGACACUAAUCAAAGAGUGUGAGGAGGAGGCCUGCAUUCCCGAAUCCAUCGCCAGGACAGCCAAACCCACCGGCACAAUCAGCUACACCUACGAGAACGACUGGGGCGUCUUCCCGGAGUGUCAGUUCGUCUACGACCUGGAGGUCCCUGCAGACUUUGUGCCGAGAGUAGGCGAUGGAGAGGUGCUGGAAUUCUACCUCUGGCCUCUGGAGCAGGUGAGGGAGCUCAUCGCCGGCUCCGAGUUCAAACCAAACUGCGCCAUGAUCGUGCUGGACUUCCUUGUAAGGCAUGGAGCGCUGCACGCGGACAAUGAGCGACGUUACCAUCAGUUUAUCGAAGGGCUGCACAGGGAGCUGUGAGCUGAACGGCUGACGGACAGCGAGACGCAUCUUCCUCGUACCUCACGCCGUCCCCGAGAGGAUCGGUCUCAUUUUGGAUUUGUCAAGUUAAACAAUCAUGAUCGAGAGAGAGAGAGAGAGAGAAAGAGAGAGAGAGAGAGAGAGAUACGGGAUUCAGCAAACUCACCACCCAGCCUCAGCCCAGGACAAUCCCACUCACCAGUGGAAACUCUCCCAGCCGGUCAGCAGCAGCUCCACCCACCUCCCCCCCCC